AUGCAUGAGAGAAGUAAAUCAAAUAGCAAGAGUGUUUUCUAUUGGUAUACUCUUAACCAAAGGACCAAAGAAACCAAGUGGAAGAAAUUUACUAAAUUGCGUCAAAAUACGAAACCUGAAGAAGUAAAACAAUCUGAAGCAUAUCUUUCAAAACAUCCAGCUUUGACCGUUAACGUUCUUCAAUUUGCCGAAUACUUGAAAGUCAGGGCAAGAGUUCAUGAGGCAUUGUCCACAUAUUACAUGAAUGAAGAUAAUGAACAUCACAAUCAUGAUUUAAUUCCAUUCCGAAAGAUGAAGCUAUCUUCGAUCGUCAACAGGCAGCAGUCUGACAGCCAGGUAUCAGCAAAAAUUCGAGAGAAGUUCGGAAAAGACUCUAUUAUCGUCAUUGAGGAUUGA